ACCACGAGCGGGAGGCAUGGGCGCAUGGCUGCUGGACCAGGCUGAGCACUCAGAAGAAAAGCCUGGCGCCUUGGCGGUAUUGCCCUGCAGGGUUGACUCGAAUGUGGACUAACCUGAAAGAUUUGAAGGGACACUUGUAAAGCAUGGUGGCGCAUGAUGAAAUCGGAGGUCUCCUGCCCAUUAAAAGGACGAUCCGAGUCUUAGAUGUUAAUAACCAGCCCUUCAGGGAGCAAGAGGAGCCAAGCAAUAAAAGAGUUCGGCCUCUAGCUCGGGUCACAUCCUUGGCAAACUUAAUCUCUCCUGUAAGAAAUGGAGCAGUCAGGCGCUUUGGUCAAACCAUACAGUCAUUUACCCUUCGUGGUGACCACAGAUCCCCAGCCUCUACCCAGAAGUCAUUCAGCAGGUCCACCGUCUCUACACCCACCAAGAGAAGAAGCAGUGCAUUAUGGUCGGAGAUGCUAGACAUCAGUAUGAAGGAGUCCUUGACCACUCGAGAGAUCAAACGUCAGGAGGCAAUAUAUGAAUUGUCCCGAGGAGAACAGGACUUAAUCGAGGAUCUCAAGCUCGCUAGAAAGGCCUACCAUGACCCCAUGUUAAAGCUGUCCAUCAUGUCAGAAGAGGAACUCACACACAUAUUUGGAGACUUGGACGCUUACAUACCUCUGCACGAAGAUCUGUUAGCAAGGAUAGGGGAAGCCACCAAGCCUGAUGGGACCGUGGAGCAGAUCGGUCACAUUCUUGUGAACUGGUUACCAGGCCUGAAUGCCUACAGAGGCUACUGUAGUAACCAGCUGGCGGCCAAGGCUCUUCUGGAUCAGAAGAAACAAGACCCAAGAGUCCAAGACUUCCUCCAGCGCUGUCUGGAGUCUCCUUUCAGUCGAAAACUAGAUCUUUGGAGUUUCCUAGAUAUCCCUCGAAGUCGCCUUGUCAAGUACCCCUUACUGUUAAAAGAAAUCCUUAGACACACUCCCAAAGACCACCUUGAUGUUCAGCUUCUGGAGGAAGAUUACCAACCAUUGUCCACAGAGAAGCUUGAUGUGAACAACUAUCAAGUGGGUACCAAUGGUGAAAGUCAUCUAUACCCCAAAAUUGACAGCACCCUUAGAUAG